GUCUCCUCUCCUCCUCUUCGAUCACUACUAGCUCGAAGGAGGCUCGCACGUACGUAGCUAGCUAGCGAUCCAUGGCGCCGCGCUUCCUGGCGUGCUUCGGCAGGGGCAGCGCGACGGCCUCGGCGCCGGACCCGGCGGAGGAGCUGGCCCCGGGCCCGGUGCUGGUGGAGCUCUUCUCCUCGCAGGGUUGCGCCGCGUCUCCCGACGCAGACGCCGUGGCGGCGCGGCUGGCGCAGGACUCGGCCGGCGGCGUGGUGGUGCUCGGGUUCCACGUCGACUACUGGGACUACCGCGGCUGGAAGGACCCCUUCGCCUCCAGCGCCUGGACGGUGCGGCAGAAGGCCUACGUGGAGGCGCUCCGCCUCGACACGCUCUUCACGCCGCAGGUCGUCGUGCAGGGCCGCGCCGACUGCGUCGGCACCGAGCACGACAAGCUCGCGCAGGCCGUCCGCGACGCGCCCAAGUACCCCUCGCCGGCAUUCAAGGUGACAUUCCAGCGGCCGAACCCGACGACGCUGCAGGCGUCCUUCACGGGCCCGCUCCGCGCCCGCGUGGACGGCGGCGGGAGCGUGAUGGUGGCGCUGUACGAGAGCGGCGUGUUCACCGACUGCGGCCGCGGCGAGAACAAGGGCAAGGCGCUGCUCAACGACCACGUGGUGCGCCGGCUCGAGAAGCUGGCCGCCGUGCGCGACGGCGCCUCCGCCAAGAAGACCGUCUCCGGGUCCGUCCAGUUCCCGCUCUGGGACGGCUUCCGCCCCACCAAGUGCGGCGUCGUCGUCUUCGUCCAGAACGCCGCGCUGCAGGUGCUCGGCGUCCAGCACUUGGACCUGCCCGACAAAGUCUGAUCGGGGUGCUCGCGCGCCAACUUGCCGACCAGGGGGGUUGCGAACUGGCAUGUGCCUGCCACUAUUCUUUGUGGAGUUUGAUUCGCGUGCUGUGUUGUUGAGUACGUAUGAGAUUAUUGGAUGGCUGGGAGAUGCAUGGAAUGGUGGACACAUCAGGAGGGGGGAGAAUUGUUCAGGAAUUGCAUGUAUAAUCUGAUUUCUGCACGAUGAGAAAUGGAGGCUCUUUCUGUUUUUUUUUUUUUGUCCCUACACAUCCGACACCAGUCAGGUAACAAUAACAUGAACACCAGAACAGCGUAAU